AGGGUUUUAGGGAAAGGGCGAGAGUGGGGGAGAGGUUUGUUGGAAGUGAGGGGUAGCGGAAGAUGCCGUGCCUCAACAUCUCGACGAACGUGAGCUUGGAGAGCGUCGACACCUCCGCCGUCCUCUCCGAGACCACCAAGGCCGUCGCCAAGAUCAUCGGCAAACCGGAAUCUUAUGUGAUGGUCGUGCUGAAGGGAUCAAUACCCAUUUCAUUUGGCGGAACCCAGCAAGCUGCUGCUUACGGUGAAUUAGUGUCCAUCGGAGGACUGAAUCCGGACGUGAAUAAGAAAUUGAGUGCUGAAAUAUCUACUAUUUUAGAGAGUAAGCUGUCCGUCCCAAAGUCACGCUUCUUCCUGAAGUUCUACGACUCAAAGGCCAAUCAAGCACAAGAACAUGCUCAGUGUUUGCAUGCUUUGCAUCAGCAAUAGGCAUGGUUCAGACUUCGGGUGGAAUGGUUCAACUUUCUAAAGCUUGAAUUAUAUUGCCUGGAACAUCAGCUUCAGUGUGUGUAGCUUAUGGUUGAUGUAUAAACGAAUGACUAUAUUCACAUCUCAUUCCAGACAAUAAUCACUUUCUUUUAUGCUGUUUGACAUUUCUUUCUAACAUAGAACAAGUGAUUUAUUUGGUGAUCUUCA